AUGGGAUGCGGACACUCCGUAUGUACUAGAGGAACCCCAAGCUCUUUCGAGGGAGGUGGACAAGCGGUUCGGGACGUAUUCAAAGUAGGAAAGCUAUUAGGCUCCGGAGCCUUUGGACAAGUCCGUGAAUGUGUCAGUAUUAAGACUAACGAGGCAUACGCCAUGAAGAUAAUGCUAAAAUCAUCACAGGAGCGAGGUCACUGGUCUAAUGAAAAUAUGUUCCGAAGGGAGAUAGACGUACUGGCCUCGCUAGACCAUCCAUAUAUAGUGAAAUAUCACUCUUUCUAUGAAGACAAAAACUAUCUUUAUGCUGUACUCGAAAAAUGCGAGGGGGGUGAACUGUUCGAUCAGAUACUCCAACAAGGCUGUAUCGCGGAAGCUAGAUCUACUACUCUGGCUUUCCAAAUGUUAACUGCGAUUAAUUAUGUACACUCUCAGGGCGUUGUACAUCGCGACGUUAAAGCUGAAAAUUUCUUGUUUUCUACGGAUAGUAAUGACUCUGAUAUAAAACUGAUCGACUUUGGUAUGUCUGAACGGCUAAGUGCCGGUCAAGUUCUAACGGACGUGUGCGGUAGCCCGCACUAUCUCGCUCCUGAGCUGAUACGGCGAAAGUAUGGUUUCAAAGCGGAUGUGUGGGCGCUGGGAGUCUUGGUGUAUUUGAUGCUAUACGGAGAUACUGACCAAGAAAAUAGAUUGGACUACGAGUCAGGAUAA